AUGCGGCUUGAAUGCACGCCACCGCAUGAUUUCAGGCAUGCGCAAAUAUGCGAGUAUAUAAAUUAUGCAGAGCUCUUCGUGGACAAAGUGUUUGAUACUACAAGCAACACCAGCUCUCCAGGGGUGUCUGUGCCCAUCCCCUCGAAGGCCAACGGCACCACCAUUUCCACGUUGUCAAUGAACAAAGAUGGCCUGAUCGGAGGGGUGACGAAUCCCAACGAGGUCUUCUGCUCCGUGCCUGGCCGCCUCUCUCUUCUCAGCUCCACCUCCAAGUACAAGGUGACCGUCGGGGAGGUGCAGAGAAGGCUCUCGCCCCCCGAGUGUCUCAACGCCUCUCUCCUCGGCGGAGUCCUCCGCAGAGCAAAAUCAAAAAAUGGGGGUCGGUGUUUAAGGGAAAGGUUAGAGAAAAUCGGACUAAAUCUACCUGCAGGAAGGCGCAAAGCUGCCAACGUCACCCUGCUGACAUCCCUUGUGGAAGGUGAAGCCGUUCACCUGGCUCGGGAUUUUGGGUACGUGUGUGAAACAGAGUUCCCAGCCAAGGCAGCGGCAGACUACCUGUGCCGACAGCACUCCGACCCCACGGAGCUCCACACCAGGAAAAACAUGCUGCUGGCUACCAAGCAAAUUUGUAAAGAGUUUGCAGACUUGAUAGCCCAGGAUCGCUCGCCCUUGGGGAACAGCCGCCCCUCCCUCAUCUUAGAGCCCGGUGUCCAGAGCUGUUUGACUCAUUUCAGCUUGAUAACCCACGGCUUUGGGGGCCCAGCCAUCUGUGCGGCGCUCACCGCCUUCCAGAACUACCUGGUGGAGUCCCUUAAGGGGCUGGAUAAAAUGUUCAUGAACAGCACAGGGAACGGGCACACGGCCGGAGACUCCAAAGCGUCAGAAAAAGAAGUGAAGCAUCGGAAAUAA